UUAUUGUUUUAAUAUAUUAUUCCUAAUUCUGUCAACAAGACGAUAUAGUUGAAUAUUGAAAAAAAUUUAUAAUCAAUAAAAAUUAUUAAUCCAAGCUAUGUUUAUUAUGUACCAUAGACCACUCUGUACUUAUUCAAAUAUAUAACUUUUCGUUCGUAUUGUACCGCAAGCAAGGUUGAUAUUUCAGUCGAGUCUCGUUCAAUAUCAAUUGUGAAUUGCGCGAAAUGCUAGUAACGUUUGUCCAAUUCGAUUACAUUUUUUGUUAAAUAUAAUUGGUUUUGUUUACGACAUAUUUCAAUAAAUAUCAACAAUUUAGUGUUAAUUUCAUUUAAUUAUUUAACAUUUACCAUUUGAGCAACUAAGUUUGCUUACAAGAUUAAAUUAUAAAGAAACAAAUCGUACACUUUAAUGCGCCAUUUGUCAAAGGAUUUCGUUAGCUCAAAAAAUAUUAGUAAAACAUCACAAUGCAGCACCCACGACGCACUUCAGAAUUCCACGAUGAACCUGGUACAGCAACAAAACGGAACUCUCGGAGUACUCAAAUGCGUCUAAGUCGCAUAGCACGACCACACUCAAUAGAUCGCCAAACCUUGGGACUGCCUAGCUCUGCGAAUCGUGGCAGUAGAAUCACACCACAAAAGCAAGCGCAAAACAAUGGGAUUACUGAAGCGCCUGGCACUGCAAAUAAGUACACCACCAAGACGAGUCGCAUUGCGCGACCUUCUUCAGGCGAACGUCAAACAUUGGGUAUUCCAGGAUCUGCACUGCGCGGCAGUCGGACCACACCACAAAAAACUCCAACUUCAAUUAGUAAAACAGCAACACGUGUACUCUUCACAGCCGAAAAGCAGCGAAAUGCUCAUAAUGACAAGAAAUGGGUACAAGAAAGAGCCCAACAGAUUACGGAAUAUUUGAGAGAAACCGUGUCUGGUGCCGUACACGGACUAUCAUGUGAAUUCUUCGCGCGUAGUGGUUGUCUACGUCAAAUGUCAACUAAACAAUUUAUAGCAAUAAUCAAUCAUUUUCUUUACUAUAUCUGGGGUACACGAUUCACUGUAGGCAAUAAUUAUAU